UACAAACAACUCUACAACAAAAGAGAAAAGAGAAAAGAGAAAAGAAAAGGUGGUUCUGGAACAUUCAAGAAUUCUCUCCAUGUUUUCGAGAACAAACCCUUCUCAAUUCUCAUAAUUAACCCCCCUCCCAUUCACAUUCUCAUUUCAGUGUCAUCUUCCUCUUAUUUCUCCGGCGUUUCUUCAGAUACUGUUGUUCGUUCUUUCACAUUCUCUGUUUCUGCAAAAAAUGAGUCGACAUCCAUCUGUCAAGUGGGCUCAAACAUCUGACAAGAUCUAUUUAACCAUUGAGUUGCCUGAUGCCAAGGACGUGAAGAUGAAACUUGAACCUGAAGGAAAAUUCCUUUUUUCAGCUGUGAAAGAUGGCAACCGUUACGAGGUUGACAUUGAGUUGUUGGAUAUGAUCAAUGUAAAGGAGAGCAAGUAUAACAUUGGGGUGAGGCACAUAGUGUAUGUUAUUCAAAAAGCAGAAAAAAAAUGGUGGAGCAGGCUGAUAAAACAGCAAGGGAAGCCUCCGGUUUUCCUCAAGGUUGACUGGGAUAAAUGGGUGGAUGAAGACGAGGAGGAUGAGAAGAGUUUUGACUACGGUGACAUGGACUUGUCGAAAUUAGGCAUGGGUGGGGAUGAUGAUUUUGAUAUGGAUGAUUCAAUGGACGAAGAAGAAGAAAACAAAGAAGCGAGGAAAGAGGAAUCCGUUGAAGCAGUGGUUGAAAAGGACACACCCAUUCAACCAGUGGCUAAAGAGGCUAAGGCUUGACUGCAUUAGAAAACAGUAGGGAUGAUAUUUGCAGCUGCAUCACGUUAUUGACUUCAAUGGGGGAAUACCAGCACCUUUGAGUUGUCCGUGUAUGUUUCUUAACGUUGUAUAAGAAUUCUGGCAUAGACGAGAUUGCUAUCACUUGUUUUUAGUUUAAUUUUUGAGUGUAAAACAUAUCUUAGGACUUAGGGUAAUAUUGAUGUCUUCUGCUUUUGCUGAAAAACAAGCGUGUUCUCUCAA